AUGGACUACCGGCCGUUGUGUAAUCUGAUGGCUUUGAAGUUCCACCCUAUUGUGCGGUCUCAUGGUGCGGUGAUUAAUAUUGAGUGUCAUUACUUGAGGAGGAUCAAUGUGAGCAGCAAUGCUGUGAUGCCAUCAUGGGUACCCUUCUCUGCUGCUCUGUCCGCUGAGGAGCGUUUGGUGUUCUCGCUCCAGUUCAUGACCGACAACUGGGAACUGGAGAGGGCUUCAAACAUCUACUUUCUGGGAGACAUCCUGAACAUAGAAGCUUCUGUAGUUGUGGCCAACCAUCAGCCUUUGCGGCUGUUUGUGGACAGCUGUGUUGCCACCUUGGAACCUGAUGUGACAUCUGUCCCCAGAUAUGCCUUUGUGGGGAACUAUGGAUGCCUGACUGAUGCCAAGGUGACUGCAUCCCGCUCCCAGUUCCUCCCCAGGAAGCAGGUCAACAAACUCCAAAUGCAACUGGAUGCCUUUAGGUUCUCGCAGGAGACCAGGAGCUCUAUCUACAUCACAUGCAUUCUGAAAGCAACCAUGGCUUCCAAAAGACCUGAUCCCCAGCACAAGGCUUGUUCCUAUUCUGUGUUGGCAGAUAGGUGGGAAUCUGCAGAUGGCGAUGACCAAGUAUGUGGCUGUUGUGACACAAGCUGUAAUGUGAAGGGAAGAAGUGUAGCAGAUUUCAAAGGAAAAGCUGUUGCUGGACCCAUCGCUAUUCAGGAUCACUACUAGCCAGGUCAUGAGGAUAGCUGCUUCUGGGGGGAAACUAUACCAGGCAACAGCUCUGCAGUGUAUGUCUGAAAGGAUCUUUCUUUACUGCCUGAACUUAAGGCUCAUGCAGUUGUGUAUAGUUUCAAAACUUGUCCUUUUUUGUGCUGAUUAUUCAGAAUAAAGCAUUUUAACAAAAAAAA